UAGAACAUUUUCAUCGUCUUCAUCGUUGAUGUUACAAUCUUUUUCGACGUCUUAUUUAUUCAAAAAUAUAUUCAGUAGAUAAACAAAGCAAUUAUUACUAUAUUGCUUGAUAAUAUGGAUGAUGAAUUAGAAGAUAAAGUAUUGUAUCAGACUUAUCUGUCAUACAUGAAGCUCAUGUCGAAGCUUGCAGUGGGGUUGCCCACUGGGUUUACCUCUGGGAUUAAUACACCGUUGGGUUAUUUUUGGAAAAUGAUACGCUCUUAUGCAUUAAGACCAGAAAUUGUUGUUUGUGGCGCAGUAGUAUUAAUUGUACUUCUCUAUUUGCAAGCAGUCGACGCUUGGAGUAGGAGUUUUAUCGGAAAAAUUCAUUAUACCGUUUGCAAAACGAAUUCGAAGGUUUCAAAGCUACAAUAUUUAAUUAGCAAUUCUAGUCAUGCUGAAAAGCUUAGUUGGGAACUUAAACAAAAUAACGUUGCUGCAUAUGCCGUUCAAGGUUACAGAGAUCAUAUGGAAGAUAGGUUUAUUGUUAAUGAUAAUAUAGAAGACACAGGUGUAUCGCUUUUUGCUGUCUUUGAUGGUCAUGGAGGAGAGUUUGCUGCAAAUUAUGCUCGAGAUAAAUUAAUACCAAAUAUAAAUAAAAAAGUGAUAGAACUAAAAAAUCUAUUGUCUGGAAAAGCAGUUCCUCAAGCUGAUCAAAAUAAAAAUGACAAUGAAAGACCUAAAGAAUCGCAAGCACUGCAAGCAAUUGAUGAACAUCUUGAACGAAGGAAAUCUUUCAAAAAAGCAGUUAGCACAACAGAUGAAUGUAUUAAAAAUACAACCAUCACAGAUCCUGAAUUGUUAGGAAAACUGGAUAGCCUUCUCCGGCCAAUAACGAGAGAAGUUAAGCCAACCAGAGGAAAUAAAGUUCCACCGCGUGAAGUAAACAUAUCGUCAUAUAUUGAAGGUCAAAAAAUAAAUUAUGGGAAAUUGUUAACAGAUGAAGUUAUAGCGGCGGAUAAUUUAUUAGUUGAAGCCGCUAAAAAAAAUAUGAACGUAGCUGGUACAACAGCUUUAAUAGUAAUUUUAGAUGAUAAUAAAUUAAUAGUGGCAAAUGUUGGAGACUCUCGAGGUGUAAUGUGUGACAGUAAAGGCAAUGCAAUACCGCUUUCUUUUGACCACAAGCCUCAGCAGCAAAGAGAAAGACAGAGGAUAAAUAAAGCAGGAGGUAUGGUGACAUUCAAUGGUGUCUGGCGAGUAGCUGGCAUUCUAGCAACAUCAAGAGCCUUAGGAGACUAUCCAUUAAAAGAUAAAAAACUUGUCAUUGCUGAUCCAGACAUAUUGACAUUCGAUCUAAAGGAUCAUGAUCCGAUGUUCUUGAUUCUAGCUUCUGAUGGAUUAUGGGAUACGUUUUCAAAUGAAGAAGCUGUUGCUUUUAUUAAAGAACGACUUGGUGAGCCUCAUUAUGGUGCCAAAAGUAUUACUCUUCAAAGCUAUUAUAGGGGAUCUUUAGAUAAUAUUACCGUCGUUGUAAUAAAUUUAAAGGACCGUAAAUAUAGCGUGUCUGAAUACAAAAAACAUUCUUAAUGUGUAGGUUUUUUUAAAGUUAUUUAUAUUUACAUUUAUUAAACUACGAAUGAUCAAAUUUACGAUAUUAAUAUUUUAAUUAAAAAUAUAUAACUGUUUUUAAUUACAAUAUCUGCUCUUUGAGUCAUAGUGAAAUUAUUUAUUUAUUUAUACACUAUAUACUGUUGAUAAAUGAGUUAGAAAUAAUUCAUGGGAUAUUU